CAGGAGUGAGAGAGAGAGGAGCUGAUAGUGGUUGAUGAUUAACUUACAACUCUCAUUAGAUGAUGCUGGACACGCUGACUUUUUACUUCCUCAAGCCAUCAUCAGCCUCUUUCCAUGCACACCUAUCGCUCCGUCUCCAAGCCCAGGUUUCAGAUCGCACCAUCUUCCUUCUCAAGGUCCAGCGAGUCAGGGUCACCCGGUCUUGCCGGCCUAAAACUCAGCCUGUCCUCUGCACCAGCAGCCACCGCCCACUCCCAGGAUGAAGUCUGCACACUUUUAUCCAUCAACCAGUCAGCACGACCGCCACUGUCCAGUGUGCCUGCAGACGGCCAGCUUCCCAGUCCAGACCAACUGUGGACAUUUAUUCUGUGCUUCGUGUUUGAUCACCUACUGGAGACAUGGCAUGUGGUUGGACCCAAUCAGCUGUCCUCUUUGUAGACAAAAGGUCAGCGCCAUGUGUCAGCUAUUCAACGACACCCGAUCGGAUCAGCAGUCCAAGGACAUUCUUGGGGAAAUAAUGGACUACAACCAACGUUAUUCUGGAGCACCGAGACAGAUAAGAGCCUACCUGUGUGACGCACCUCUCCUCCUGCAGCUCAUGGUCCGCAGCCUGGGCACCAUUGAGGGUCUCGUUGGGCUCUUCUUCUUGCGGGUGGCUCUGUGCUGUGUGGGCACCAUGGUCUCCAUCUCCUCCUCAUCAUUAUCGUCAUCUAGUCCGAUUAAAGCAGACCCCACCCUGUGCGGCCUUUUGGGGGUCUUAGAUGACCUGGUGGUGGUCAUCCUGCUGCUCCUCUGCGUCAUCAACGUUAACCAGCAGAUAGCGCCAGAGAGAGGACACCCCGCCAGCACAGGAGCGAUGGAGAGUUCACGUUAGGCAAUGCAGUUGCGUUUGAUUCCUCCAGGGGGCGCAGCUAGAAAGGAAUGGUAUAUGACGAUAAAUGGCAUCUGAAACUUUGAG